UCUGAUAUCUAAUUGAUAACCUCAAUUUUUUACCAACAAACUGUUAUUAUUUUAUCUUUAUAUUCUAUUUUUAUUAACGAAUGAGUAUUGGUAUUCUAAAUUUAAUACAUGUGUGAAGUGAGCCAAGCUUUUGCUUGGCAUGACCCUUUCUUUUUUUUAACCUAUGUUAACGAGUCAGUUUCGAACUUUCAAGUUGAAUUGGUUAAUUAUACGAAAGACAUCCUGGAGCACCUAAUUAUUGGUAGUUUUCUGUACAUAGUAACAUGUAUACUUCUCUAUUUCGCAAUUAUCCGAUGGAAGACACUUAGUUUCAAUAAAUCAAUAAAAAAUCCAAAGAGAGUUCUAAUUGUUACAGCUCAUCCAGAUGAUGAGUGUAUGUUUUUUGGACCAACUAUCCUGAAUCUAACGAAAAACAAGGAGUGUACCGUUUAUAUUUUAUGCUUAUCCACAGGUAGUAAUUAUGGAAUGGGAAAAAUUAGAAAAUACGAACUUUAUAAAUCGUGUAGAACCCUUGGCAUUGCCAGUGAUUCUAUAACGGUCAUGAACCAUGAAGAUUUACCUGAUGAUAUAAGUAAACGUUGGCCGGAAGAGAUAGUUGCAGAAUUGAUAUUGAAUCAUAUUGAAAUAUAUGAUAUAACUACUUUGAUUACUUUCGAUAGGAGUGGUAUCAGUUCUCACCCCAACCAUUUCAGUAUUUAUUAUGCAGUAGCUCAUUUGAGCUUUGGCGGGGAUAUUCCUAAAAGUUGUAGUGUUUAUGUGCUUGAGAGUAUCAAUGUGUUGAGGAAGUAUUGGUUCAUUCUAGAUAUACCUAUUUCAUUUUUACUUUCGAGAACUAGGUAUAUAGUUGGGCCAAGUGGAAGGUCAGUGAUUCACAAAGCGAUGUCAGAACAUAAAUCACAAAUGGUGUGGUUUAGAAGGUUAUAUCUAAUUUUUUCCCGUUAUGUUGUUAUCAACACUCUGCAGGAGAUGAACCCUUCUGAUAUAGAGCUUGAUUUAUCAAUUGAUGAUUGAAUAUGCAACUGAAGACCUUUUUCAUCAACUACUUGUACAAUUUUUAUACUGAUGAUCAUCUCAUUUCAAAUUUAAAACCGUUUAGUGUAGUGCUCAUUUAUCUUGUAGGCUUAAAAUGAUUUCAGCUCCUAGAAAGAGCUGCAGAAUUCCUUAUAAGGUUUAAUUACCUUUGAUGAGCACAUGGGCAUUAGUGAAAAAAAUUAAUCUAUUGUGUGAUUUCUCGUUGAACCAUGGUUUUCAGGUUUAAGUAAGCUUCCGGCUUGUGUUCUGAAGGGUUAAAAUGUUGUAUACAUUAUUUAAUUGUUUUAUACAAAGCCAUAUCGUUUUUAGCUACUGUUAUGUUUGACUAAUUUGAAUAUAAAAGUACCAAAAAGA